UGGAAACUUCCCGUUUGGUCGGAUUUCCCUGAGCAGUUGGGACAACAAAACUACGUACUAUCAGACCAUGUGGGAAAAACGUAUUCAAAAUCUAUUGCUUGGUGUUCUAAUUCUCUGUAAUAUUUCAAUAUGCACCUCCGAAUACUAUAGUGCAAUAACCGAACUCAACCGAGCCUACGAAGUUGGGAGACAAUUGGCCUCGGAUUUAGAUACAUAUCUUGAAUUGGAAGAAGCGCGCUUAAGCCGUAUCCGGCGUGUGGCUAAACGGUUGUCUACCCAAGGUCUCGAUCCCCAGUUGGCCACAACGCCUGAGGAUUUCUUUGGAAAUCCUGUGCAUGCAUACUUGACAGUCAAACGGCUUGCAGUGAACUGGAAAGCAGAUCUGUUAGCAUUGCUUGAUGGCUAUUCUGAACAGGAGCAGAAUGAAGAUACAGGAUCUGAAAGCGUUUCAACCCAAGGUAUGUCACUUGCAGCCGACAGGCAACAAUUGACAGAACUGCGUGCACGUGUGGAACAAUCGGCAAACCUGCUACCGGGUCACAAUGAUGUCACCGGAGCUGCGGACGCCCUGUUAUUGCUGCAAAGCACGUAUCGACUACGCGCAGAGGAUAUCGCAAACGGGAAGUUAACAGCAGACUUGACAUGUCCAAAACUGACAGCCGCCCAGUGCGUACACCUUGGACAACAAGCUUACGAGGCACACGACUUUUUCCGUGCAGAAGAGUGGUUCCGUGUUGCCUACAAUCGUUUAUGGGAGGAACUCCAUCGAAGUGAUACACAUUUUGCGAUGGGUGAAGACGGGAAUCUCCGCGGGAAACGAUCAUCUUCUCCGGAGGACAAGGAAAAUUUUGACUUCUCAAUUCCAGAUGAGGCCCGACCAACUUCUGUUCAGAUUCUCGAGCAUUUGGCCUACGCUCUGGGAAGGCAAGGAAGAUAUGCCGAAGCUUUGAAUGUGACCAGACUGAUUCUCGAGGAAGAUCCUGAACAUGAACAGAGCUUGAGCAACGAAGAAUUCUACCAGACACAAAUUCAGAAAGGAGAAGGGAUUAUUGGUCCAGCGCCUCCUCCUGAGAAACUCUCGAAAUUGGAUGAGGAGACUGAAAUUUAUCAAGCCUUGUGUAGAGGAGAGCAAAUAUUCCCACCUCCGCCUGAUGACCAAGUUUACUGCCGCUACUAUGUCCCCCAUCCCUACUAUAAAAUCGGUCCUGUCAAGGAAGAGGUCCUUUACCCGGAUCCUCGAAUUGUCAUGUGGUAUGAUGUGAUCCAUCCAUCGGAGGUUGAGCGAAUCCAAGAGCUGGCUGUACCACGGCUCCGACGAGCAACUGUGAAGAACCCUGUCACUGGGAAACUAGAAAACGCCUAUUACAGGACCAGCAAGAGUGCUUGGCUCCAUGCUGGGCUUGACGAAGUGACGCACAGACUAAACCGGCGAAUUCACGCACUUACUGGAUUGGCUAUGGAAACUGCAGAAGACCUACAAGUGGGCAACUACGGAAUUGGUGGCUAUUACGCUCCACACUUUGAUUUUGGCCGAAAACGGGAGAAAGACGCAUUCGAAGUUGAAAAUGGAAAUCGCAUCGCCACAAUAAUUUUUUAUCUCACGGAUGUAAAAGCCGGUGGUGCGACCGUGUUCAAUCGCCUUGGAGCUUUAGUGAAGCCCGUCCGUGGAGCAGCCGGGUUUUGGUAUAACUUGCAUCCCAGUGGAGAGGGAGAUCUUCGAACGCGACAUGUCGCUUGCCCGGUUCUGGUCGGUUCCAAGUGGGUGAUGAACGUCUGGUUCCAUGAGCGUGGUCAAGAAUUUCGUCGCCCGUGUGAACUGACAAGAGGCCCAGUUGAAAUUGAUGAUGGAUUCUGAACAUCAAUGCUUGUGGUACAAAUUGGCCACAAAGAAUGCGUUCCGGUCAACGAUCGGACUUGUGUUUUGGUAUUUUGUUACCUGUUUCUCUCUGUCAGAAAUGGUUGUUAAUGUACUUCAUGUAUUCUAAUGUAAAUGUGUUGCGAUUCCUAGAGGUGCUGUUGGUUUCAAUUAUAUGCUUUACGUUCUAGGUGAUAUCUCCAGUUAUCAUAUGACGCAUGCACCUUAUCUAGUCAUUUUCUGAAAUUGACUUGGUGUUAAGACAUUUGCAUUUUUUCAUUCUGAUUCCAAUUGCCUAAUGGGGAAAAG